GUUUGAAAGCAGAAUGGCUGAUUCAGGCCUGUUGAUGGAGUGCGAGGAAGAAGACCUGGAGCCGUGGCAAAAGGUCAACGAUGACGUGGAAGAGGAGGAAAUGGGAGCAGAAGCAGACAAGCUGAAUUCGGGAAGAGCAGCUCCUGCUGAGCCCUCUGCGGUCAUGCCAGCUUAUGUACCACCACCCCGCUCAGGCGAUGGAAGAACUGUUUCAGUUACCAUGCUCCCCAGCACCACAGCUUCUGCCACUCCCUCCUUCUCCCUCUCUUCUGCGGCCUCAUCCCCAGUCCCGCCGAUGGUGUCCCCGGCGGUUGCUCAGCUGAAUGCAGGACAGCCGCUGAUCCUAGCGCAAGCGCCCACAGUGCUCAACCAGGCAACAGUGUCCCAGCUACUGCAGACCUUGCAGGUGGCAUCAAACCCUAUGGUGGGCGUGACCAGCGCAGUUGGCCAACCGUACAUGGUGGCCUCCCAGGAUGCCGUUCCCUCUCCAAGACCUUUAAGGCCGCCUUGCCCUGACUUGCAGAAUGUGGGAGUUAAUGUGAAGCCUGCGCAAAGCCAGCUGGGGAUCUUGCUGAACGGUCAACCUGUGACCCUGGUUCCUGCAACCCAGAUUAUCAGGCCACUCGCCAACCCGAACCAUAUUCAAGCCCAGCCUGCUGGCAACACUUUCAAGACAGUACAGAUUCCAGCCACCAUCGCUAUCCACAGUUCCACCCCUCUUGCUCAGCCAGCUGCCAUCGCCACGCAGACGGGGCAGCCCACUUCGCCCGGAUUCUCCCAGAUCGCCCCAAAGUCCAAAAUCGAUAUGAACAAGGGCAGCCUGAUCGUGGUGAAACAGGACUGCUCAGCUCCGCAGAAAGUGGCAAACUUGCUGAGCUGCCCACCGGCAGUCCUCCAGCCGCUGAUCCACAGCAUGGUCAGAGUGGAUAGCAGCACAGUGGCUGCUGGCAGCAUGGCUGCUCCUGCUACAGUUAGACCAGAGAAGUGCUUGCGUUGUGGGGCCCAGUUCAAGAUGGUGGAACCCCUUCGGGGACAGAUCUGUUUAUGUUGUCCGGAGCUGAGGCAGAGCCUGCAGGCCAUGGACAGCCCCAGAAGUGCAGUUAAAGCCCCCUCAGCAGCUGUGACCACCCUGACCCCACCGGCCAAGAGUCCCCUGUAUAAAACCCCCUCCAGUGGACACUCCAGUACCCAGUCCCCCCAGCCAUGGGAGGAGGGCCGCAGUGCUGUUGUGGAGUCUCAGGGAAAGCUCAUCAUGCUAGUGGAUGACUUCUACUAUGGCUCUGACACUGGGCACCCCGUGGAGGAAGACACCGCUGUCCCCUUCACGGCCGUGCGCCUAAAGUGCAUCAUCUGCGACAAGAAGCUCAAGAACAACAUCAGGCUCAUGACCCACCUGAAGUACCACGUGGAGCUGGAGCAGCAGAGUGGCGAGGUGGACACCCAUACCGUUUGUCAGCACUGCUACCGUCACUUCUCCACGCCUUUCCGCCUGCAGUGCCACCUGGAGAACGUCCACAGUCAGUACAAGUCCACCACUAAGUGCAAGAUAUGCGAGUGGGCGUUCGAAAGUGAGCCUGUAUUCCUCCAGCACAUGAAGAACAACCACAGGCCGGGCGAGAUGCCGUAUGUGUGUCAGGUGUGCGAGUACCGCUCCUCAUUCUAUGCGGACGUUUACGAGCACUUCUGCAACGCACACAAGGACACCGGCUAUCUGCUGUGCCCGUACUGCCUCAGGGUCUUCAAAACCAACAGCUACUUCCAGCACCAUUUCUUUCGCCACCACAAGAAGACGAUCUUCCACUGCGACAAGUGCCGGCUGCAGUUCAUCAUGGCCAAGGAGAGGAUGGAGCACAAGACUCUGCACCACAAGACGUUCCGUAAGCCCAGGCAGCUGGAGGGACUCAAACCCGGGACCAAGGUGACUAUCCGCGCUUAUGCGGUGCAGGGCAAAGACAACCUGUGGCCCACUGGUCCAGCUGUCCCAGCCUCCUCGCCCAAGGUGGAGAGAGUCCUCAAGACUCCGGCGAACCAAACGAAUGCCAGACAAGCCACUAGUAACAGGAGUGGCAACAGUAUGGUGGCGCUUAUGACCAAAUUCCAGGAGCAAAGGAGGGCACAGGACAAACAGAAAUGCCUGGAGUGCAAGUUUGACAUCUCCAGCUUCCCCAGCCACUACCCCACCUACGUGAGCUGCUCACGCUGCCACUACAGGACGUGCUGCUCCCGCGCCUACGCCAACCACAUGAUCAACAAUCAUGUGCCUCGCAAGACCACCACAAAGUACCUGGCGCUGUACAAAGAUGAUGUCAGGCUGGCACAAUUAACCUGCACAAGCUGCGACUUCACCACCCAGGUGGGCGAUUUAAUGGCCAGGCAUCUGGUCACUCAUCCGGACCACUGCUACAGCCUCUGUACCCUCCUAGAUUCUUCAAGAGCUGAAGUUCUUCAGAGGUCGACACAACCAGCCGUCAUUAAUAGUCUGAACACUGGCCCUCAGAACACCGCUGGGAAACGCCCACAAGUCACUGCAGGCAUCUUGUCCAGCAAGACUCUUCCACAGCGCGCCACCUACAGCAAGGAACGGCCGUCUUCCUCCCGCCCACCUCCGAAACCCACUGCCCACUGCGCACGCGAUGACACCAUGUCGCUCUCCGAGGAGACGGCCCUGCUGCAGAACUCUUCUUCAGCUUAUGACUUGGAUGACGAGCAGGAGAUGGGCGAUGAGCUGGUGGCCCCGGAGGAGAGCGUAAUGGAUGGAAUAGUGGAGCAGGGCUCAGGGCAGGCACGUGGAGCGAAAUUACUAACGCCGCAGCAGAUGAGGAUCGUGCUGUUCGCCCUCUGCGCUGGUAUGUCACAGGCAGCCAACCACUUCAGCACCGAACCGGCGCUUAUCGGGAGCUGGCUGGUGGCAAUGAAAAAUGAGAUGGCCGAGUCUGGCAGGAGCACGUCCCACUCGGAGGUGGAGGCCCAUCUGAUGGAGUGGGUGCUGACGCAGCGGGAGCAGCAGCUGCCCGUCAGUGAGGAGAACCUGCUCCAGAAGGCCACAGAGGUUCACGGGAAGUUGGGAGUCAUCUGUGCGCCAUCGUACGGCUGGCUGGUGGAGUUCCUGCUGAAGUACGAGCUGGGCGUGAAUUCCACGUGUACAGUAGAGCGCCACGUAUUCCGCAGUUCCGAAUGGCGACUUCGCUCCUACCUCAGAUUCAUCAACAGGAUCAGCAAGUUUCAGAAGACUCCCCUGUCUGACAUCGGCUGCGUGGACGAGCUGUCCAUCUUUGUGGACCCCCACCUGCUAGCACAGCCUUUGCCCCUUGGUCAAGCAGCUGCCUUUCGACUGGCGGGGACAGGCAGACCUUUGUUUGACGUCGUGCUGACGCUGCUAGCGGAUGGCUCGCUGCUUCCAGCCAUGGUCUUCUUCAGGGGGAGGAUGCCGGAGGAGCUAUGCGCUCAACUACCUAAGUCCGUCAUGCUGGAAGCUAAAGCUCCCGGCUUCCCUAACAAGGUGGCGCUUCAGCUUUGGUUAAAGCGGGUGUGGGAGAAGUACAUGGCUGAUGACAGUAGGGCCAGGGGGAUACUGAUAAUGGACUCAUACCACGGACACAGUGGCAGUGAUUUCGUAGCCUCCCUGCAGCAUGCAAACACGCUGCCGGCCGUUGUGCCGCAGGGCUUCGCCGGUCGCCUGCAUCCGCUUGAGGUGUGUGUGGGGCCUGUGCUCAGGGAGUUCCUGCAGAGACGAUGGCACCAGCUCGUGGCACAAGGAAAGGUGACGGGUGCCAAGCCCAAGGAUGUGCUGUGCCACCUGCUGAGUUGGCUGGCUGAGGCCAUGGCUCGCCUGGGCGCAGUUCCUGCGGUGCUGCGCAGCUCCUUUCAGCUUGCGGCCGUGUUCCCCAAGGCAGAUUCCAAAGAGCGCUUGGGGCAAAUGCAGGAAAGGAUGGUGAACGUGCUUCAGAAGGCUCUCUUGAGCCCCAAGUCACCAGAGCAGGCCUCCAGCAGCUUUUGGGAGCAGGAGGGCUCGGAGUCUCCAGAGGCAGGAAAGCAUGAGGAGCUGCUGGAUGUGGGUGAAGAAUACAGGCCCACACCUUCUGAGUACCUCACGGGCAAGGACCCCAAACAGAGGCACUCGCCACUGCGACAGGUGUUUGAGAAGGACAGCGACGUGGAGUCCUUUCCGGGCUUUGAGGACUCGGAGAUGGCUGUCGCCUGAGCUUCUCGCCAGGAUCUCCUCCAGGAGCACCCAGAGACCAAGAGGAACAUGAACUUGUUCACACAGCGGUUAGUAUGGACUUGCCUUCCUGGAUAACUGUUUAAUAGCCUCUCACUGAGAUUCUUCCUGAGGGCCAAACCCUUAACAGAAGAGCUGCUCCAGGUCAGUUUGCAGGCAUUGAGGAACUGGUGUGUGUGUGGAUUCACUGAAAUAAAUGCUGGCACAGAAAAGAGGCCUUAAGGUUUUUUUUCUUUUUUUUUUUUUAAAAGCCCCUAUACUUAAUGAUUUCUAUUUUGUUCUGUAUUAUCUCAGGGGGAGGAGAUGAAACACACACAGAGUCUGUGUCUACAUGCUAGAAGUUGAAUUUUGUCCAAAAAAAAAAAGCCUGAAGCUUUGUCUGUUCCUUUGACAAGAAAACUAUCAAAAUUCCAGCUCAUAUUUUCCAUGUCACAUACUUUAACUCAUCCUUUCCUUGAAACAUUUAUUGCAUAGAAGGAAAAAGGGGGUAAAAAGACCAAUUCAUAUGCAUGCUCGUCAAACAGAAGUUGCAGGCUUUCGUGAACAGUUUAUUUUCCUUUUACAAAAGACUAAAUUCAUUACAUAAGAGGAGGAAAA